UCGAGUUGAAGAACAUGGCAGCUAGAAAUGUCACACGCUUCGUGUUACCUCGAUUUGCGUCUUUCUUUCAGCGAUUUAAUGCCACAACUGUCCCACUGAUAUUGCGACGGAGAGCUCUUUAUAAAUCUGAACACUUUGGAAUGUUUUCUACGUCUCCCAAACCAUUUGCAAACGAAGCUAGCGUGACAAUAACCUUCGUAGAUCGGGAUGGGGAUAAAAUUGUAGCCAAAACUAAACCCGGUACAUCCUUUCUGGAUGUUGCAAUUGACUGUGAUGUGGAACUGGAAGGUGCUUGUGAAGGGACCCUAGCCUGCUCCACGUGCCAUCUCAUCUUUUCUAAAGAGGAUUACGAUCGGAUUCCAGACAAACCCACAGACGAAGAAUUAGACAUGUUGGACCUCGCAUACGGCCUUACUGAUACAUCUAGGUUAGGUUGUCAAGUGAUUGUGACAAAAGAUAUGGAUGGAUUGGAGGUCAAGGUCCCUGCUGGUGUGGCGGAUGCCAGAGAUCCAUCAUGACCUUAGCUGACCUGUAGGACAUUAAAAAAAAUCAUAGAAAAGACAAUACGAGUAUUUAAACCAGAUUCAACUUAACAUCACUUUGUAUAAUCUUAAUACAGACUUGUAUGUGAAAUUCACUCUCAUUGGUGAAUUUGUUCAUCAAUCCGUAGAUGACCAAAUAUAUCAUUUUUGAUGCUCAAAUUUUUAGUACACAUUUAGCACACAUUUGAAAGUGAAUGAAUCAUGCACAAUGAAUGUAUUUUAAAAUAAAAAAAAAUGGUGUCAUGGA